AUGACCCGAUCCGCACGGCGGCUGCUCGUAUUGCUGGCCGGGCUGCCGGCGCUGCAAACUUGGUGCGGCUGGGCCAGGUUGCCUCGCCGGCUGGGGCGGUUGUCACGGUCCAGUCUUGAGGGCUUGGAGGGCUUGGAGGGCUUGGAGGACCUGGAAGGCCUGGAGGACUUGGAGUCGCAGCUGGAGCGGAGCCUGGAGGAGCUGAAGCACUUGGAGACCCCCGAGGAGGCCCGGGAGCGGUAUGCCACUGUUCUGGAGGUGGAGGAGAAGCACCGGAAGGGCACGGCGCGGCACUUCGCCACGCCCAUCUACCGAUCUGCGCUGAGCGUCGACGCGGCGUCGCUGGCCGCCUUGAACGAGGAGGUGCUGGAGGCCACUGCGCAGCUCCGUGAGCGCGACGCGGCCGGCCGGGCCUGGUGCCAGGAGAAUUACCCAGGGGGCUUCACCUCCUUCGGCAGCGCGCGGCAGCUCCACAAGGAGUGGAAGGCUCUGGCGGACUUGAAGCGGAUGCUGAAGGCCCACCUCCGGGCCUUCUUGCAGGAGGGCAACAUGCCCGGCGUGCCGCCACUGGAGUCGCUGCACAUGACGGAAUGCUGGGUGAACGUCAUGGGGGAAGAAGCGACCCACGGCUUCCACACCCACGACUACGCCAAUAUCAGCGGCACCUACUACGUUCAGACUCCUCCGGGAUGUUCAGGUCUUCGCUUCGAAGAUCCCCGCGUGGAUCGCACGGCCCAACUGGACCAGCGCUUGGUCUUGGAGUAUCCGGUGCGCGCCGGAGAUGUGAUUCUGUUUCCAAGCUGGCUACGCCACGAGGUGCCGCCCAGCGGGCCGGCGGUGCGUGAAUCGGAGCGGGUGAGCGUGAGCUUCAACUUCGCGGGUCGGUGA